AUGGGUGUACUCUCGUACCUCCUUUUGGGUAUUACCCAUCCAACCGAGCUUCGUGCCAUGAUCGGAUACAAGCUCUGGCGCGACCCGCUCAACGACAUCAAAGCCAACCCGGACGCUUCCGGUUGGAACCGUGAACGCAUGCGCGACUGCUGGGGCUUACUUGAUCUCACUUCCCGUUCGUUUGCCGCUGUUAUCAAAGAGCUCAAAGGCGAGCUCUCCCGUGUCAUCUGCUUGUUCUAUUUGGUCCUUCGAGCGUUGGAUACCGUAGAAGACGACAUGACCAUUCCCGCCGAACGCAAGAUCCCGCUUCUGGUCGACUUCUACAAGUACCUCGAACAACCCGGCUGGAAUUUCAAGGACAGUGGUCCCGACGAGAAGGACCGCCAGCUGCUCGUCGAGUUUGACAAAGUCAUUGCAGAGUUUCAGCUGCUCGACCAGGGUUACAAGACCGUCAUCUCGGACAUCACCGCCAAGAUGGGCGCAGGCAUGGCGAGCUACAUCGAGCUCAGUGCCAAGCAGCCGCUCAGCGUCAGCACCUGGAAGCACUUCGACUUGUACUGCCACUUUGUCGCUGGUCUGGUCGGCGAAGGUCUGUCCAGGCUGUUUAGCGAGAGCAAGGUGGAGCGUCCGUGGUUGGGACAUCAGCUCGAGCUGUCGAACCACAUGGGUCUUUUCUUGCAAAAGACCAACAUCAUCAGGGACUAUGCCGAGGAUUGCGAAGAGGGCCGAUACUUUUGGCCCAAGGAGUGCUGGGGUGAUGACCACGCCAAGUUUGGCUCGCAGCCCGAAGUUGCUUCUGGCAUUAUCGAGACCGCUCCCGGGUCGAACAAGUUCAAGCCGGCAGACAACGAGCUGGGUCAACGCAGCAUGUACGUGCUCUCCUCGAUGCUGCUCGAUGCCAUGUCUCACGCUACCCACGCCCUCGACUACCUCGCGCUACUCAAGGAGCAGUCGGUCUUCAACUUUUGCGCCAUCCCGCAGGUCAUGGCCAUCGCGACGCUCGAACUCAUGUUCAACAACCCGGACGUUUUCAAGAAGAACGUCAAGAUCCGAAAGGGUGUCGCGGUGCAACUGAUCCUCAAAGCCGUCAACCCGCGCGAUGUCGCCUAUACUUUCUUGACAUAUUCGAGGAAGAUCCACAAGCGUCUCAGUCCCGCGGAUCCCAACUUUAUCCGCUGGUCCGUGGAGCUGGCGAGGAUCGAACAGUGGUGCGAGACGUACUAUCCGUCGUUCAUCGCUGCUGCUGCCGAGGGGAAGGAGGCGGAUGUGCGUGCGGCGGCGAUCCGCAGCUGGUCCGAGGGCCGACGCACCCGCGCCAUUAUUCUGUCGCACGCCAAAGCGGAGGGCAGGGAUCCCGAUGCGGCAGAUGGCCAGUCUGCACUCGCGGCAGCGCAGCGGUCUGCGCUUGAUCCGCGCGACCUGAUGACCGAGGAAGAACGCAAGGCGGCCGAAAAGCGCGAUCGCGACGAGAUGAUGAAAUUCUUCUUCAUCAUGCUGCUCGGCAUGGCCGCGUUCAUGGGUAUUGUGGCGGUCAUCACGUUCGAGAUCGUCUGGUGGUUCUCCAUGGACGGCCAGCCGGAUCCGCUCAGGUCGAAUGUGGUCAAGCUGUACUAUGUGGUCAAGCAGCACGGGUGGGAGACGGUGCGCGAUAUCGAGAGGACCGUCCGGUUGAGUGUCCAGCAUGUGUGGAAGCAUGGCCUUGGGUCGUCGGCAAAGUUGGAGCUCUGA